CGAAGAGAUACAAGAAGGUCUUUGCUGACGGUAACUCAGCAGUUCCAAGGACUUUCUCUCGCUUUUGCCGUUAAAAAUGGACUCCGAAUAUCUCAAAAAACACGUCGGAAAAGCUCUUGCCUCUGGUUUAGCUGAAAUAGCGGAGAAAAGACCAGUAGAUCCCAUUGAAUAUUUAGCUCACUGGCUACGAAAAUACGUUGAAAAUGAAGAGUUUGCAAAGAAGGUAUUAUGUGUGGCAAAUUUGGUUUUAUGUAUUGUUUCACAGUCUGUAUCUACUGCUGUUAUAUUUUGACCCCAUGAAAAUAUUCAUAGUUGUUUCAGACGGAAACAGGACGUUUUUAAUCCCUUCAGUAAUACAAAAAAAUAGCGAAAGUUAUUACUUAAACGUUGUGUAAAAUAUUGACUUCAGUUUGGGAAGAAUUAAGAAAUUUUUUGGCGACAUGUGUUUGUAUAAAGAAGUUUGUCAUUGCUUUGGUUGCAAAUACGGAAUACGAACAACUAUGUGAUGAUAUUUUAAGUUAACUGGUAUACUUGAGAUCCUUGUUCCCAAUUUUUUUAGUCCUGUAAAUAAGGAUCUAUGAAAAAUUGUUUUUUUUUCCUUGGUGUAUUAUGUUUGUAGGAACUAGAAGAAAAAAAGGCUCUUGAGAAAGAGAGACAAGAAGCUGAAGAGGAGCUUAUUAGAGAACAGAAACGGAAAGAGGAAGCUGAAUUGAUUGCACGGCAAGAAGCGUUUGAGAAGGCUGCCAAUGAGGAGGUUGUGCUUGAUCAAACACCAAGGCCGAUUCCACCAGAAGUCACUGGGACAUUGGCUCCUGUUGCAGAGGGAGAUGAAGUAGAAGGUGAGUAAAGGCAAAGGAAUACGAUGUUGAAAAAUGUAGAGUCACUAUUAAUUGAAGACUGUGACAUUAAAACUUCUCUCUUACCAAUUUUCAUCAGGUAGUGAGGCUGAAUGAGUAUGCAGUAUUAUUUGUACAAUGUAUUUGUAGCUGUAAAGUAUCAUCAUUCAAGUGUCUCAAAAUCCGGUGAAGACAAGCAGUAUAGCUGAUAAAACAUCAUGAACUUAAAGUAAAUGCUGUGAGGUAUAAUUAUUCAAACUCAAUUUGCUGGACAGAAAAUAAUAGUGGAGCAGUUAUUUAAAUGACCUUUUACCUCAUUACAAAAUUCCGUUUUGUCUUUUUCUGUAGUAACAAUAGUAAGACUCUAAGGAGAAUGUUGUGUAGGAAUAUUGUUUGAAGAGUUCUCUUUUUCUGGGCUUUGUUUAAUCCUUUAACCCUUUAACUCCCAGUAGUGAUGAACAUGAAACUUCUCCUAAUAAUAUCCAUACAUUAUUCAGCAAACAGGUAUUGAGAAUAUUCAAACUUAUCAGUUAGAAGCUGCUAUCUAGAUCUUGCACCAAGUUCUCAUAACUAAUUUACAAGGAAAUCUGUAGCAGCUAGAGGGGAGAAUUAACAAUCAGAUCUUGGGAGUUAAAGGGUCAACCUUGCCAGCAUGAGUUGCCUAAAAGUUAGUAAGUGUAACUCAUCAAGUCGCCCAAAAUUCAUCUCAUCCAAAGUCAUGUCUCCCAAAACUAGAGUUUAUCUUGAUUUAACUCCAAAUUCUCCUAACUAAAAUAUUAGAAAAUAUAUAAUGGCUAGAAGGGAGAAUAAAUAAUUAGAUAAUUUCCUAAUAAAGCAUCUAAGUAUUUAAAUCAGAAUAGGGAUCUAAUAAAAACUUGCUGUAUUACUCAAACUUUGAAUCUCUAUCAACCGAUAAGUCAAUACAGAAUGAAACAUGUUAAUUUUUUGAUUUUGAUGUAAGUUGUUAAUUUCUAACAAUUAAACCAUGACUGUGAUACUAAGAUUUUCUGUUUUAUUUGUAAUGCAGCUGGUCAAAGGAAGCCAGAAAAUGAAUAACUCAGAUGCAUGCUUCAAAUAAAAACCAACAACUGAAGAUGUCUUCACCAUCAUUGAUAUCGUUUUGAAAGUUUUCCCUUUGAGAUAGUUUAAUUUCAAACAUUUUUUAAUGAUUGUUUUGUUCUUAACGUUACAUGUUACAAAAAUUUUUAAAGAUUUUAUGAUUGUUACUAUUCUGAAACUGAGAAAUACUGCCGGAUAACAUAAAGUCAUAAAAUUCCUCAAUUCAAAUUUUACUGGAGAGUUUUAAUGCAAUUUAUUAGAGAAUUAUUCAUUAAAGAUGAUAAUUAUGGAAAUUGUGCAAAUAAUAUAGAUUCACAUAUUUUGAAAUAUAUAAUUUUAAAUUCACUCUACAUUGAUAAACUUAAAGGUUAGAUAUUGGCUCUUCAACCCAAAUGUUAUCAUGAUAAAUUAUUGAUCAGAGAACUUUGUAACAGUUAAAGUUUGUUCAGCAACAUGUUACUUUUUUUUUUUUUUCUGGAGAACAAUUUCAUAUUCGUGCAAAGUUAAGUGUCUGAGAUAAGAAAUAAAGUAAUCUGAAGUGCCUCUACUAGACUGUACAAAUUAAACUUUCAUAAUAACUUGUAACUUGGAUUGACAGCCUUCUUAAGAGAAGCCAUUUGCUACAAUCUCAUCAAGCAAGAAACACCUAGCUUGCAAUUUGAUGCAAAUUAGUUGGAAAUUCAAUAAAUGCAUGCCUGUUGGAUUUACCUAAUGUAUAAUAUUUCUGUUUUGAACUCUGCUCUGAACUCCUUUCUUUUCCUUGGUUUUUCUGUUUGUUUUUUUUGUUUUGUUUUGGUUGGUUACCUUGGAUUUCUUUUCUUUUCUUUCCCUGGAUUUCUUUUUUUACCACCACUGGGUCAACGUAUUUCUUAAAAUUCAAUUUGAGGUAUUCUUCAGACUAUAGAGACAAUUUAGACAAGUCUUCUUUCUGAAGUAAUUAUUCUGUAUUUCUUGUGCUUAAGCUUUGACAAAAAGGGAAGGGUCUCCAAAGGAAGCAUGCAGUUUGCAGGCAAAGUUUAAGUACUCAUCUUAGAAGUACCUCAAGCAUCACUGGAAUGUUUCAUCAGAGAGAAAAAUAGUACAUGUCAGAGUAUCACAUGAGCAGAAUCUAUUUAUUAAGUAUAGGAUCUCUUUAAAUCCCUGUGGAGUGUGGGAAAACAGAGGUGGUUCUUUAAAAUCUUAAGGAGUAAGGUUCAUAAUGUAGAUGCAGUCUCUGUCAUAUUUGUAUCCUCUCUUCUUGGUGGUAAACACUGUCCUCUCCCCCCCUCCCUCAUUCCCUUUCUUCAUUUCUCUCAAUGCUAACACCACCUCAGGGAUAUAAAAAGCCAUGAUGAAAUUUGAAAAUUGAAAUUUCCCUGUUUUAAUCAAUCAAACAAAUAGAUCAAGACAAUAAAGCAGAAGAGGCCGAGAAGACUACUGAGGAAGCUGCACCAUCUGGUGAAGGUGAGGCUGCUGCAGCUUCUGCUGAAAAGAAUGAUGAAGAGGCAAAGCCAGAGGGAGAGGAAAAGAAGGAAGGGGAGGGGGAGGAGCCGGCAAAGGAGACAGAGGGGGAGGAAAAGCCUACAGAAGGAGAGACAAAGGAGGGGGAAGGGGAAGUGGAGCAAGCAGGAGAGAAGCAAGAGGGGGAAGCAGCUGAGGAUGAAAAAAAAGAGGGAGAAGCAGCGGAAGAUGAGAAAAAAGAGGAUCAACCUGAAACAGAAGGUGAGUCAAAUUGAAGAAAAAAUUGAUUCAUCAUCAUCAUCACUUUAUUUGGUAAUGCAGGUUACAAAUUGGCAUGUUUUUUAAUGGCUCUCUAAAGCUGCAACCCUUGUCAAGUUUUAUCGAAACACCCACUCUCAGCAACUUUGUCUUGGGAAAAGUUGAAAUAUGGCAAGAAUCUUAAUGAAGAUUGUGGUUCACUUCUCAUUUUCAAGUCCCUUUUUAUAUAAAUAGAGAAACAUUUUUCUGGUCAAGAUAUCUUAUCUUUGCCAUCCAUGUUUUCUUCAGCAGCAGAGCCUGCACCUGCAAAUAAAGAGGAUGAAACAACAGAUGCAGAACCAGAACCAGCACCAGCUGCUGAAGAACAGGCGGACCCUGCAGCUCAAACAGAAGAACCUGAAGUGCCUCAGGAAUAAGAAUUGUGUAAAUUAAUAUAUUAAAUUUAAUAUUUUAGUUUUAUUUUUCAAUACCAUGUAUGUUCAUUUUUGUAAAUAUCCGCUUGCAUUUUUAUAAUCUCUGUUAGUAACAGUUGGUAUUAUACUUUUCCAGCAUAUUGCACAACGUUUAUGACUGUAUUAGGAUUGCAUAACAAUUCAAACGAGAGUUCACCUUGAAAAAAAGAAACAGUUCAGUUGAGUUUAGUAAACAGACAAAUGUAAAUUUAAUUAAAUAGUUUGCAUCAUUCUAUAGCAAGAUAUUUGUCAUUUUAAGGGUGCUUAAGGUAAGGAAUGUUGUAUUUUUUUAGGAGCAAAAGUGAAAUCAAGAGUACAUUUUAUGAGUUAAGCUAAGAAAAUGACAUUGAAAAAGACUUGACCUUUAAUAUGUUAAGGGUUAAGUUCCAUUCAAGUUUGAUAUAGGAAAUUAACUAAAAGAUUUGUUAAUCAAUAAAUCUAUUUAAGCUAUUUCCGAUAACAAUUUUCUAAGCAAGACAAAAUGUCUGCACAGGAGAACAUUACAAAUAAGUCUGCACAUGUUUACUUACUAGAGUCCCUUCAAGGAACGAUCUUUGAA